GAAAACCCUAAACCAAUUAUUUCCUUUGUUGUUUAGUUUUAAUACUCUUUAGCCUCUUUUGAUAUUGACUUCUUAUCCUUAUCAAAUCGAUUUCUCCAGCAAACCCUACUUUGUUUCGACGAAUAGCAUACAGUUUCUUCUUCAGAGUCCAAUCGAAUCGCCAUGGCUAAGAGUUCCUUCAAGCUUUCUCAUCCUCUCGAGGCAAGGAUGGGUGAAGCUACUAGAAUCAGAGAGAAGUACCCUGACAGAGUCCCUGUGAUUGUGGAAAAGGCUGGACAAAGUGAUGUUCCUGACAUUGACAAGAAGAAGUAUCUCGUCCCAGCAGACCUAUCCGUUGGUCAAUUUGUGUACGUGGUUCGCAAAAGAAUCAAGCUUGGAGCUGAGAAAGCAAUCUUUGUCUUUGUCAAAAACACAUUGCCUCCAACUGCUGCAUUGAUGUCUGCAAUCUAUGAAGAACACAAAGAUGAAGAUGGGUUCCUCUACAUGACUUACAGUGGAGAGAACACUUUUGGAUCUCUUAUCGCUCAUUGA